AUAAAAUAAAAUACAUGAGAGAAUAGACCACUUGACAACAACUCUCUCACUCAGUGAAACCCUUGAUCACACCACUCAUAUCUGCUCCGGCGACGGCGAUCUUUCUUUUUCCGGUGACAACACUUAUAGUCCACACAGGAACCUUGUGCUUUUUCUUCUGUCUCAUCGAGAGUCGCCUUCCAAUAUCAAUCAUGCAGCAGUCUGGUGGUGCUUCUGAAACCGAAGUGACAUGGGAUGACCAGCAGAACAUUAACAAAUUUGGGAGAUUGAACAACCGAUUGCACGAACUUGAAGAUGAAAUAAAGAUUGCUAAGGAAGCAAAUGAGAACUUUGAGGACGCAAGCAAUGAAUUGAUUCUAACAGAUGAAGAAGUAGUGAGGUUCCAGAUAGGGGAGGUUUUUGCUCAUGUACCCAAGGAUGAAGUCGAGACAAGGAUAGAAAAAAUGCAAGAAACGACGGCCAAACAUUUAGAGAAACUCAAUGAUGAGAAGGAAUCGAUAGUUGCCCAGAUGGCCGAAUUGAAGAAGAUUCUGUAUGCCAAGUUCAAGGAUUCCAUCAACCUUGAGGAGGACUGAUUGGUAAUUUUUCUAUCUUUUGCAAUUGUACCUUGUGUUAUGCAUGUUGUACCCUGCAUAUCGAGUACCAACGAUCUUUUUUCUUGGCCGAUGGAAAGCAUUUGGAUGCUAGAAUUUUGUUUGUUAGUCAUUACAUUACUUGCUACUGGUCUCUUUACUAGAAUAUCUUAUUUUGAUCUUGGAAACUGGCUAGAUGAUUUA